CCGUUGCGUCAGGCGGUGAUGUUUACUACGCCAUGAAGACGCGUCAAAAGAAGCCAAACGGGUGAAAACAGAGAGAAAGGUGAAAAGGAAAAGAAUAUUCAUAUUGUUUAAAGGGCAGAAGAGGAAAUUUUAGUACUCUCGGCUGUGAUUUGGAAUCAUUUGCAAUGAAGUUUGGCGCUGGUCCCGGUGGAGGCCGCCAUCGCCAAGGUGUCCGGUAGACGACGCAAAGCUUCCCCCACCACGACUCCGUCCCCCUUGUCCUCCUCCUCCUCCUCACAACUUGGAAGCAGAGGUUUGCAUCUGCAGUGCAAUUUUUUUUCCCUUUGCCCGUCCUCGUCUUCAAGAUGGUCGCUUGGAAUGGAGGUGCCUUGUGGCCGGGCCGUUCAACGGGGCACCCACCAGGACUCAGCGAGUGAGGAAGCUCCUUCUUUUGGAAAAGGCAACGCAGCCGCUCGGCCCUGGAGACUACAUUCCAUCCAAUGGCUCCUUGAGAAACCCACACGCCAACGCAGAUUACUGGAAGAUUUUUAUGCACAUUGAUUAAUUUUCUUCUAGUUUUGUCUCGAAACUUUUUCCUCCCCUUUUAAGCCACUUUUGUGAAGUGAAGUGAAGUAUCUGACGAGUUCUUAAUCCUGCAGAAAGAGAAUAUAAAGCUAUCAGGAAUUCAUUUUCACUUGUACUUUUACACUGCCUUCUUACAUCAAAUGAAAGAAGAUUCCAUACUCCAUGCGCGCAAAGGUGCUGCAAACGCACCAUUUUGAAGGUACUUUUUAUACAAGAAGAGAACGACGCUUUUUGGGAAUUGCACCGAUUUUGUGAAUUCUGCCGAACUUAGCAAAGUUACUGGCUGCUAUAAGCAUUUUCUGUGUAUUAAAAUACUCUUACCGAAGAUCGCCAUGACAGGUGAUGCAUAUGAUAAAAGAUAAUUUCAUGAACGUCGCUUUCAAAACUUCUAUCUGAUUCUGCUGGCAUGUUGACACCUUGCAGUAUUUUAUGGUUUAUAAUAAGCAAAUCAGAUUUUCCGUAGAAAACGCCAGUGUUAAAUUGUACCUGUGCUUUGAAUUCAGAGCAUGUGUAAAUACUGGAAUGGACUUGACAGAACCUAUUACAGUAUAUGUCAGUUUUGUUCCUCUUGGUUGGAAUUACAUUGUUUUAAUUACUGGGAACUGAAACUGACCAUAAUUUCAAAUCAAAGUUAUAACUGGUGAAAAGUGCCACCAUAUUUGCUUAUGUGCUUGUUGGACUUUCUGAAUAACUGGGAGAAUACCUGGAUUUUUUUCCCUAUAAUAAAGAUGCAAAAUUGUUUUAAUUUAAAAUGUGGAACAUUUGAAUGAAAUGAAAAAUGUAUGCAUUUUAGAGGAUUUUUGCCAUGGCCUUUUAUUUAAGAAAAAAUAAUAGCCAUUGUGUCUGAAUCUAAGGUUUGCUUUAUUUUGUACAACAUUUUAUCAAUUAUGGCUGAAGAAACAUCACCGGCUGAGAUUGAUCCAGAUUUUGAACCACAGAGCCGGCCCAGAUCUUGCACUUGGCCUUUGCCGAGGCCAGAUCUGACAACUGUCAAACAGGAAGAUUCUGCCUCAGGAACCCCCACUGAAGAAGAAAAGCAGGAUGUUUCUGAUCCUAGUGCUGUAAAAUCAGAGACUGAAACGGGUCUGAAUGCAGAGGUGUGUACCCAAGUUGGUGCAGCAAAUGCUCAGCGGAAGAGUUCUUCUAGAAGGAAUGCCUGGGGUCAUCAAUCUUAUGCAGACCUCAUCACUAAAGCAAUUGAGAGUUCUCCUGAGAAGAGAUUGACUCUGUCUCAGAUCUACGACUGGAUGGUCAAAUCUGUGCCUUACUUCAAGGACAAAGGAGAUAGCAACAGUUCAGCUGGAUGGAAGAAUUCCAUUCGACACAAUCUUUCUCUGCACAGUAAAUUCAUCCGUGUCCACAAUGAAGCUACAGGAAAAAGUUCUUGGUGGAUACUUAAUCCCGAAGGUGGGAAAAGUGGGAAGUCACCAAGAAGAAGAGCAGCAUCAAUGGAUAAUAGCAGUAAACUUGUGAAGAGUAAAGGAAGAGCAGCUCGGAAAAAGGCUGCCCUCCAAGCAACCCAAGAGGGUAGUGGUGAUGGUCCUGGUUCACAAGUUUCCAAAUGGCCUGGAAGUCCCUCUUCUCGUAACAAUGACGAUUCUGAGGCUUGGACUAGUUUUAGGCCAAGAACAAGCUCGAAUGCAAGUACACUAAGUACUGGGCGUCUGUCCCCCAUAAUGCCAGAACAAGAGGAUCUGGAAGAUGAGCUCCAUUCUGAAUUGGCUUACCCUGGCACCACGAGCAAGUUACCUUCAACCCUAACUGAAAAUAUAAUUGAAGAGCUUGAACUCAUUGACAGUUUGAAUCUCAUGUCCCCAUCAUCUACACUGUUGCCAACUCAGCAGUCAUUAUCCACUGGCUUGAUACAACAAAGUUCAACUUAUACAUUUAGGCAACAAAACUCAGCCACUGGAUCACAAGCUUCUACCUAUGGGAACUCUUUCUUUGAUCCAUCUGACCUGACAUCAGUACAGAGCCACUUUAGUGUACCUGCAACACUUGAAGCACUCUUGACUUCAGAUUCACCCACUCAUACUGAUGUGAUGAUGAGCCAAGUUGACCCUGUCAUGCCACAGACGGGUGGUCGACUAAACAAUGAAAAUCUGAUGUUGUUUAAUGUCGAAUCACUCAGCAGUCCAUCAACAGAGUUGAAGGUUAAUCAGGCUAGCCAACGAGGAAAAUCUGCAGGUCCAUCAGUCACAUCUGUUGAUGCUAAUGCUUUACCUCACGCACUGAGCAUGAUGGGACCUCCACCCGAUGCCAGCCAAAUGCCUACUUUGAAGGCCCAGCUCCAGACACCAGUAAACCAGACCCUGCAACUUGGCCUACCAUCUACCCGUAACUCAAACAGCAGCAGUAAUUCUUCAGUAGGGAUGAAUAUGAAUUCUGAGAAUUUUCCACGGGAUUUGGAUUUGGAUAUGUUCAUGGAAAGUCUUGACUGUGAUGUGGAUUAUAUCAUUGACAAUGACCUCAUGGAUGAUGAAGGGCUUGAUUUCAACCUGGAGCCUAUUGCCACUAAUCCGUCCUAUCCUAGCACUUCUCAGUCAUCCUCUCGUAGCUGGGUGCCAAGUUAACUUCAAACAAAUGCAUGACCUAAAGCAGGUUUAUUAUUCAUCAGCCAAGUUCAUCACCUCCCUUCACAAAGUGAUGUUUCAUUUUGACGUGAUCCAGGAGUUGAAUAUCUAUUCCAGUUUCACGUGUUAAGCCGUGUAUGAUGAGUUCAUCGAAGAAGGCAUUUCUCCCUGGCAUGCAUUCCAAUUUCUAGAGUACUUGAAACUGACUCUUUCAGAAUCUUUUGAGAGAUUUUUGGAAUGCUGAUGUGCCAAUGCUGCCCAUUUGAAAAUGACUAAUUUUACUGCAUUACCGAAAACUUCUCAAAUGAAUUUGUAUGUGCUGAUAGGGCUGUUUAUUAUUUUGGUCAUGUUCCCCUCGCUGCCCAAUGAUUUCUCUCAGUACAGUAAUUUGGAUUAUGAAAACGGAACUGCAAAUACACAAUACUGAAACAGUUGAUAGAUGUGAUAUUCUCUUUUUUUUUAAAAAACAAGCACAGGACAUGUUUUAACAGAACGCACCAUAAUAUGUAGCAAAGUUUUCCUUUUGGCUUUUGGUGAAACACUACAAGGAAAGAAAUCAUUCAACCUGGAUUUUCAAGAGAAGAACUCAAACCACAUCCAAUCGAGAUAGAAGAUUAUGAGAACAAUACAGACUAAUUGAUAUCAAGCUGUAGUAUUGGACAGGUUAUAAAUGAAGUGAAACACCACAUUGAAGCAAUGUGCUUGCAGACUGAAGAUUAUCCCUUUUUUCCCCAUCACUUUAGAUUCUGCUCAGCAUACAUUUUGUGUCUAUCUGAGAUUGAGAAAAGGCAAAACUGUUUUAUAAAUAAGAGUGGAAGGAAAGGUGAGGUGGAGUGUGCAAUGUAUUUCUGUGAGACAGACAUAGUCUAUCAAGUCUUUGCCCAAACUGCCAAGACAUAAUCCAACCUAGACCAAAUACUUAUACCCUGAUUUAUACAUUGGCAUCAUAUUUUAAAAUCCACAAAAACUUAAAUCUCACAAUAGCUUUUAUCUCAUUUUAUUCUGCUUUAUAUGGGUUGAUUUUGAUUUUAACAAGUGAAAGCAUUUCUUAUUAUUUCUACCUGUCCACUCAGUUUUAGCAGAUUGAAAUUGAAAUUAAUGCAUUCAGCAAAUUUGGAAGUUUUGUGGGAGAGUUUGGUUGUUUUUAUUUUGGUGGGAAAGAAUGGGGGAAUGUCACAAAUCCAGAAUGCUGGAGAAGCUCAUCAGAUCUGGCAGCUUCUUCAGAACUGUUCUGAAGAAGAAGAAUACUUAGUUUGAAAUGUUAACUCUGUUUCUGUCUCCACAGAUGCUGACUGACCUGCUGAGUUUCUCCAGUUUUCUCUCUUUGUUUCAGAUUUCCUGCAUCUGCAGUAUUUUUCUUUUAUUAGAUGUUGUGUCACUUGGAAGAUGCUGGCAUGUUGAUUUGAUACUACCUAAUUUGGGAGAAAUGGUGGGAAAAGCUCAAAGAUUUGGAAAUGUUUCAUUGAAAUGCAGAACUCUAUUUGUAAAUAUUAUAUACAUAUAUCCCCCUUACUUUUAUAAUCUGGAAUGGUUUCCAGUUGGGUCAUGGCUUGAGCACAUGAUUUAAUCUGACACUCCAGUGUAAUACAGAGGAAAUUCUGCACUCUGAGGUGUAGUCUUUUGGGUGAGACAUUAAACUAAGGCCCCAUCUGUCCUCUGAGAUGGAUGUAAAAAUUCCAAAGCACUGUGCGAAGACGACCCGGGACAUUCUUCUGAUGACUAAUAUUUAUCCUUUACACAGUGUCUAUAAAACCAAAUUAUUUGAUUGUGUUUCUCAUUGUUGUUUGUUGAUCUGGAUGAAUACAAAUUGGCUGCUACAUCUCCCUACAUUUCCAGGAGUGAGUGUCCGGUCUCUUGUGGCACAAUGGAAGUAUCAGUGUCUUUGAGCCAGAAGGCUUGGAUUCAAGUUGCUACACAUCUAAACAGGUUGAUUUAAAGAAAUAAACUCUACAAUAAUGAAUACACAUCAUAGCAACUUAAAACACUUUGAAAUGGCCUGAGGUUGUGAAAGGUGCUAUUCUUUAAUUCACAGUUUCGUAACUAGUUGGAGAAAAGUUUAUAUGCCACACUAACACCAAUAAUUGUUAAGGAGGAAGUACAUUUGUUUGUGUGAGGUAACUGUUAAGAUGGAAAAAAUAGUUUUGUUCAUGAAGUAAUUACCUGAACUGUAAACAGCCACAUUUACAUCAUGCUAACCAGAAGAAAGUUGCAUAGAACAAAAUAGAUACCCAAGAGUUUUUAUAGUCAUUGUCUUUAGUUGACUUCAUAAAUUACGUGAGCAGUUUAUGGUUGCUGACUCUAUGUUGAAAUGAGACCAACUACCUUGAAGGUGCUCCUAAGCCCCUCUAAUAUUUUAGAAAUAAUGUACUCUCUGAAGUUUGAGAUUGACUUGAUUCUCUUUUGGGUUGUAUUUCUGAACAGAUGUUCUUUAGUGCAGUUGCACAAAGCCAGUGCACUCCUCAUCAUUGCGUGAUAAUGUUCACACUGAAGGAUUAAGAAUUGUGACCUAAUCACUGCAUGCUGCAUCAAUAAAUCUUCAUUGAUGACUGGUAAUUUUAGUACUAUGGGCAUAUAUAUUGAUAUAGUACAUGCCUGUGUUGCGAUGACCUUGAAUGCUCUCAUUCUUUUGAUUCCUGGAUUGUAUUCAUUACUUCUUUGAAACACACUCCUUUUAGUUAACGUUCUUUUGUCAAAUGCAAAAUCAAGUACAGUAUAUAUCAAAAAUGAAAUUAUGAAACUGAAUUGAGCAAUGAUGAAAUUGCAGUGUGAUUCAAACCAAAGUUAUUUGAUUUAUUUGACUAUUUGUUACUGGCAGAUAACAUUUAUUAUAGGCAUUUAGAUGUUAUGAGUGUAAAUGCCACAAUGGAAAUUGUGAGAGGAUGGUGGUGUUUUAACAACUUUGGAAAAAAAAAUCUUAGUUUGACUUCUCAGUAUCCAGACAAUUGGAAUGAAAGUCUGCCUUCUUGCCUCUAACGUUGCUUUAUGAAUUACUUUGUAGUUCCUAUUCAGCAUGAAAUUUCAGCCCAAAAUAUCCCUCCAAUUUAGCACUAAACUCAAGCUUACUCAGCCUAUAAAAGUCGGUGUCAGAAAUAAGAAUGAAAAUUAUUCUUGUUGACAAAGAUGUUCUUCUUUUGAUGAUUAGGUACUUCUAAGUUUUAGGCUUUACUCUAAACUCCAGUUUAAAAUGUUUAAUGGUGAUAUUGGGGAUUCAAAAUGACUUUGUGCUAACAAAAAUAACAAUAUUGUCAGUAGGAAUCUUAGAGAAGUUCUAAAACAGCCUCCCCAUCCCCCUCAUCUUUGCUUUCCAAAACUACCUAAUAAAAGAUCUUUUUAAGGUAAAUUGAUAUCUUGACUUAUUUUGAAUGAAGUCGUGUGGCAAGCCAAUACCAGCCUUGGAAAUUACCAGCAACUGUGGUAAUAACUUUCUGUUUGACAGUCAUUGUGGCACUCAGUUGACAGAUUUUCUUUUCUGGAGCAGCUUUGUGCUGCAGGCUACUACCAGAUGUGCUGGGAUUGUGAAAGUUUUCAUUGUCCAGAGAACAGACACAGAAGUAUUCAGUGGAUGCUAUCAUAAUUAAUUCCCAAUUCUACUUGCCUCAACCACUCCAGAAUGUGUCCUGAAACCAUUUUUUGGGGCAUAUUUAUAUGAAACUAUUCCGUCGGGGAUUAGAGAGAGUUAACGUGCCAUUUAAAACACUAAAGCUAGUUACUGGGAACAAAUAUUUUUGAAGCCUCUGCUCCUGUACUUAUUGAAAAUCUGCCUUUACCUCUCAGGGUGAUUCUGAAUAUAUGCUAAUGUCAAAAUGCACAAUGCAAGUGUGUUUUGUUUUUUCUAUUUAGAUUGAUCAUCUAUGACUUGCAGAAGAGGCAUUAUGACAGAUUCAUUUGUUUACGCAAAUCAAGUUAAUUUUCAGAUUGCAUCUUUUUAAAAAACACAAUGACAGUGCUAUAUUUUAUCCUUGAUUUAAGUUAGCUUCAGAUUUUGCUUGUAAAUAAAGUUGUAUUGCAUCUAAUAACUAGUUGUUUUGUAGCUUCAGUGGUAUUUUUCAAGUACCUUUUUAAGUUUGAAUCUUAAAUGAAACAAUUUGAAUUUGUUCUAUGGGAAAGAUCCAUAGAUCUUUUGUGGCUUUGCUUUUGAGUUAAUUACACAUGUUAACAAAACUAGUCUUAGUCUCCCUACCCCUCCAAUCGAGGGUGACCACACAGUUAUAUAUGCAUGCAGUUAUGAAAGGGUACAGAUUUUGUUAUUUUUGGAAAGAAAAGCUUAUUUGGUACUCAGCCCAUUGCUGCAUAAUGUGGGUUUAUUUCCACAAUUUCAUUUUACUGUUAAUCUGGAGCUUUCUCCAUUUUUAGAGGCCAGAAAGAACAUUGGAGGCUGAUGGACAUCUAUGUUGCUUUUGCAAAUCUCUUGCCAUUACACCUUUUGAUGGAUUCUUGGAAGCUGGUUGUGUUUGUUUUCCUUCAGCUAUAGAAGGUACAUUCUGCCAAAGGGCAGAAAGAAGAGAAACUGAGAGGAGAUCAAAAUUGUUGAAAGGGGAGGUAGGAAUCUACAUGCAGUAUGUAGGUAGUUCUAUCACUGGUGCUAUGCUGAACCUUCAAGAGCCUCGUUUACUAGUUUUAAAACAGCAAUCAGAUUGUUACUGCAAAAUCUUAUAGCACCACACUUAUGUACAGAUACUCGUUAUUAGUGUAUUCUUGUCCCCUUAUUUUAUUUUGUAAAUAAAAUGUUAGUGGGACUCUUGCAUAGAAAGUUAUCUUCGAGUAUAGAAGAGUGUCCUCUGAAGUGUAUACAGCUAACCAUACUUUCCACUUUGGUGUGAUGUAGGCUGUGGGUAUCUUGGCUACUCAGCCAGCUGAGAAAGGAAGGAUAUAAAAGUAAAGAAACUGAAAGGAUAGACACAUGUUUUCAAUUUGUUUUAGUAUGUGUUUUUAUAAUCUGUUAAGCAACGUGCUUGAAUUUUCCAGAUAAAGUGUAUCUUUACAGUAACAUUUUCAUUUUUGUUAAAUUGUUGAAUAAUGUGUGGGUUUAUUUAUAACCACAAACUUGCUAUAAUCAGCAAGUUCCAUGAGUUCUGCCUUUUACCCAUAUAUUGAUUUGAUGGUGUUUGAAGACUUCUACAUCAGAUGCUUAAGUGCAUUAUCUCUAUAGUUUUCUUAAAUUAUGCAUUUUUAAGAGUAUUCUAUACCUAUAAAACUUACAUGCAAUUGUUCCAUGUGGUACUAUUUUUGGUACACAGGGUUUGUAACAUUAAAGUAUAUUUUAUGCAAGUGUGAUAUGUUGAUAUGUGAUGUCAUCUGUAAGAAAUAUUUCUCAUUUCAUAAAGAAGGCCACUUCACAAACUUUGUGGUGUUGUUUUUAAAUGUAUCACCAUGCAAUGGUUGGCACCAGCCUCAGCUAUUCCGGGUUCUGUUGAUGAGACUCAUUUGGUCUUUUAUUCAUCUCUCUUCCUUGUUUUCCCUCUUCAUCAAAUCUCAUUUUGCUUCCUAAAUAGUUCAAAAAUAAAAUCAAAACUACAGAUCAUCGAACAGACUUUUAAUUCCUCUGGUAAUUUUUUCCUGAGUAAUUUUCUUUGCUGUUGUGCUGAAGACUGAACAAUCCUUUGACACUUCCCUCAAAUGACUCUGUAGCACUUAACUGUGCAGAUGCACAAACAUCAACCUUGGUUCUUUUUCUUUCCCUUUCCAUCUUUACCACCUGUCUUACCAAAGUAUUGUUAUCAGCCAUAGCUAACUGCAUUUCUUAGUACUGCGCAAGGUAUUUCUAAAAUUACUGAUUGUUUCUUCCGCAAAUUGUAUGCUCUCAAACAUGAGUUUGUAAGCUACUAACGGAUGGCCAGUACUCCUAGAACCAUAAAACAACAUUCAGAAUGAGAAGAGAUGAUAAUAUAAACAGGGAUACAAGCUAAAGAAUCUUGAGAACAUUGUACUGCAGUUUGAUAGGAUAAGGUUUCAUGGCUACAACUUGAAACAAUAAAGAUUUUGCUGUGGACAAGAGCUCCAUAACUUCAGGGUUUAAAAAAAAACCUCUCUUCUGCUAGUGUAGACAGAAAUUUUCAAAGAUAAGUAAAAUGCAGCUGUAUAUUGAUGAAUUAUGUAAUGGAGUUAUGCCUGCAAUUUCUCUCUCUUUAGUUAAACUGGUUAAUGCUGAUUCUCCCGUAGUGCAUUGGUUGUUGAAUCCUGCUGGCUGAGAAAAACAGUUUCAAAAGUGCAGUUUAAAAAAAACCUACAUUGCAGCUCUUGUAUUGUGCUAACAUUUUAAUCAGAAGCAAACCUCAACAAUUGGUAUUGUGCUAUGCUCAAAUCUAUUCUGUCCUUUUAUUUUAGUAAUAUUGGUGUAAAGUUCAUUAUGACUGCAAUAUAUCUUGAUAUGAAGAUAGAUGACAUUAUAUAGUUACACAUGUUAUGCUAAUUUCUAUAGCCACCAGGAUAUUGAUCUGAAAAAAUAUAAUGACAUAAUGAAUUUAAAAGACUCAUCUGAUUUUAAAUAACCUCAUGCUCUUACGCAGUGAGCACAAAACUUGUUGGGAAUGUCAAAGCUUUAAAUUAGAACUUAACUAUAGUUAAGGCCCUGUUUUGUGUUAUGCAGUAAGUUUAUUUGUUGCCUUCAAUUAGCCAUGCCUACUGUCCAAGCAUAUGUAAACUGCAACUGUUCAAAAGGAUGGCAGAGGCCUUUUGGCACCUUAGCCCAUCCCAAAUUUCUAUUAAAAAUUUGUUCAGAUAGUGACAUAGAUCAGAAUAUGGUGCGAGCAAUUAAGUGAAGCAUACCACUUCUUGGCCCAGUGGAUUUUUGGGAAAUUUAAAGUUGUAUCCAGAUUUUUGAGCAUUCCAGUGUUUCAAAAUAAUGUCAAAUGUUGUUGAAGCUGAAUUGUUUUGUGAUAUUGCUACUUCAGAUUCAUUGCAAGGUGAAUUUGCAUUAGAUUGCAGACAAAUUCCAGAUCACUUCUAUUCUAUUCUAUUAAUUAAUACUAUUUUUGAGAAAUUCAGCACCUCUGACAUGUCUCCCAGUUGGUGAAACCACAUUGUAAUUGCAUCAUGUAGUAAUAAUGCUUGGGUUUUGCACAGACUUGUGGCACUUAAUUAUGCAAAUUAUCUGGAAAACAAGUGUGCUUAAUUCCAGUACUAAUGAAUGAAGAAAGCCACAAGUGAGUAAAUGUGACCAAAAGCAAUUCAUAGUUUCUAAGUAUUGCACUUUCACCUAUUGAAUAAUUCAUAACAAUAGCAUGGCCAGAGCAUGUUUUAUAUAACUGCAUUUUAUUUUAAAUAUUGAAGUCAUUUAGACUGCUUCAUGAUAAGACAAAGUUAAGAUUAGAGAGUGUACAGUGACUUAUUUUUAUUUCACUUACUUUGUGUAAUUUAUACUAUAAGCACAUAUAUCGUCCGUAUGUACAAAGCCAGGUAUUGAUAUUGUUCCAACUUUCAUAACUGAUCUGAGCAAGAGAUCAUCAAAAUGCAAAAUACCCUUUUCAGUUCUACAGUAGAUUUAAAAUGCAUUUUGUGAUUCGUUUCUAUAUUUUUGAAUUUCAACAAAAUUAUAUAUUCAAUAAAGUAUUAUGUUCGAUUAUUGAUAUUAAAAAAUAUCAGACUUUUUGUCUUUCAA